AUGGGCGAAUGCGACCAAAUCGAUCCAGAAGAACUGCCCUUCGCCCAAAGACCCAUCGUGGUUCUGGGAGCGGGGAUCAUUGGUUGUGCGACUGCCCGGCAAUUAUUGAUGAAGGGAUUUCCGGUUGUGCUGGUCGCCGAAUAUUUGCCAGGAGAUCAGAAUAUCUACUACGCAUCGGCCUGGGCAGGAGCAGCAUGGCAUGCCGCUGGCGGUAUUACUCCUGAUCAACGAUAUCUCCAAGCAGUCACUCACCGUGUACUACUCAAGAUGGCACAAGAUGAUCCCGAGUCAGGGGUGAGCAUUGUCAAUGCACGGGAAUAUCUUGAACAGAAGCCUGCGCCCGACUCAGCAAUAUGGGGCAAGACGGUGGUUUCCAAGUUUCGUGAAAUGAACCCGGACGAAUACCCUUCCAACUUCAAUUGUGCCUGGGCCUAUGAAACGCUUGUCACCGAUCCAACCAGACAUAUGCCCUAUCUUGGGAAACAGGUCACGUCUCUGGGAGGUCGGUUUAUCCGGCACCGUGUCGAGUCCCUCCAAGAGCUGUAUGGCAUGUUUCCAGAGUCACGGGUCUUCGUCAACGCAAGCGGAUGGGGAAGCAAGAGCUUGACAGAUGUGCGAGACGACAGUUGUUUCCCCGAGCGCGGACAAAAUGUUUUUAUGACCACGGAUAAAUGUAACACACUUUACUUCCGUAAUGGCAAGGAAUACACGUACGUGAUUCCUCGGCCACUCUCCAAGGGAGUUGUCUUGGGUGGAGUCAAGCAACAAGACAACCUGUCGCCCGAAGUCGAUAUGGAUAUCGCGCAGGAUGAGAUUGCCCGCGCACAUCGAUUAGCUCCUGAGAUUGUCCCGGAGCACCCAGCUGCAGAUUCUAUCAGUCACAUUAUCGGAAUCCGGCCUUCCCGAAAAGGAGGUUUCCGUCUUGAUUCGGAGCGCAAAGGUAACCGUAUAGUACUAUCUGCAUACGGGUUCGGUGGAGGUGGUUAUGCUUUCUCAUAUGGAGUUGCAGACGCGGUAGUGAAGAUGGUAGAAACUACAGAGCGGGAGAAUGUUAUUUAA